ACAUUUGGCCAGCACUAUGAAAACAGCUCCGAACAUCAAACAAAAUACGACCGAGAAAAAUAUUGUAAAGAAAAAAAGCAAGAAAAUUUGCUUUUUCCGUUGAAGAAAAAAAAAACAGUUUUUGAUACGUUUAUAUAUAUUUUGUAGCAAAAAAAACCUAAGCCAACGAGCAGCAAACCUUAAACGUAAGCAAGCUUUGCAAAUAAAAUCGAACAAUAUCGUUGGUCAACACCAUCGAUUCAGUUUAGUUGAUCGAAGGCAGUUGUGUUUUCCCAUUCGUUGUUUCCACUUCACAUAUUCCCUUAAUAUAUUUGGUUGAAAAAGCACUCGACUUCAAACAUACAUUCAAAGUGAAAAUUUGAAUUUUCCCAACGAGAAAUAUACCAACGAGCACAUAAAACUUUGAUGAAGAUCAAUCAUGAACAAGUUCAAUCCACCAAAAAUGAAUAAACGCAGAGCGGCAGCACUCUCCAAGGAUCAGGAGGAUCAGGUCUGCGAGGAUAAGAAGCGCACGUUGGUGGUGGAACCAUUUGGUAGGCCAAAAAUGGCAAACCCAUCACCCAAGGACUCGAACAUGAUCAAGCAAAAGGAUAGCAGGAUGGCGAAGCCACCAACUCUAGCUCGAAUGACUGGCACAAGCCAUUCCAAGGCUGAAAAGCUCUCCGAGAAUACGGCCCAAAAACGGUCGAAGUCCGUGGCAGAGCCAUUAAACAUGAACAAUUCCAAGUCGAAUGUGCAGCAAAAAAGGCCACCCAAAAGACAGGAGCUCUGCGAAUGUGAGGACUUGCAGUCAGCCGAACCAUGUGACCAAGUGACAGGGGCGUCCAAGAAUAAGUUGAUUAAGAAAAUGCCCAAACAGAGGGGCAUAGCACAGACUCCAUCGCUGCACAAGGAUAUGGGCGCCCAGUUGGCGAAAGUGGAUCACCUUUGCGAUGAAAGUGGCAAGGGAGAACGCUCUAAAAUUAAGCACACUGGCGAUAAGAGCACCGCGGGGAAAUCCACAGAACCGGACGACAAAGUGUCCACAGGACACCAGAGCGAUGAAGGAGGAGAUUCCAACCAAAGCAAUUGCGAUUGCGACGAUGAUGCUGGCAAUGGAUUCGAAAGGCAAGAGUGCCAGCAGGACUAUGUCUAUGGUGGCUAUCAUCCGGUGGCCAUUGGCGAUGUGUUCGUGAGGCGCUAUCAUGUCAUCAAGAAGCUGGGUUGGGGUCACUUCUCCACCGUGUGGAUGUGCUACGAUUGCAAGAUGCAGCGUUACUGUGCCAUCAAGGUGGUCAAGUCGGCGCUGGAGUACUCGGAAACCGCUCGCGAUGAGAUCCGCCUCUUUACCGCCAUCAACAGGAACGAGAGCCAAAAGCACAGAGGCCAAAACCUGGUCGGUUUCUACAAUCACUUUCAUGUCUCCGGACCGAACGGCACACACACUUGCCUCGUCUUCGAGGUGCUCGGCGACAAUCUGCUGACGGUCAUCGAAAGAACCGCCUACAAGGGAAUACCCCUCUACAAUGUCAGACAGAUCGCGCGGCAGGUCCUUAAGGGCCUGUACUAUUUGCACAACGAAUGCCGCAUCAUACACACCGAUCUGAAGCCGGAGAAUGUGCUGCUGGUGGCCAACGAUGUGAACAUUCGUACCCAGGUCAACCAGUCAAUUGACAAGUACUUGAAGGCCCGCGAGGAGCAGCAACGAGCUGGAUACAACCCACCGCGUGUCUCACCCGACAGAUCCAAGAAGACGAAGACGUCCAAGAAACGGAUGCGAGCAAGGGCCAAGAAGGUAUUGGCAUUCUUCGAGACCCACCGCCGGCUGCUCCGCAGGCAGGGCCUCAAUGAUCUACUGCGUCUGGCCGAACGUGGCCUCCUGUCGCCGAUGACCGCCGCCUUGGCCGUCACCGAUAAGUUGCCCUUCUUGCCCUUCUCCUUCGACGGCCUGAAGAUACUCAGCGAUGAGGAUGUGGCCAAGGUGCAGAAAUUUGCACCAGUCGAUCAGGUGGGCGAUCAGGUGCUUUGUUAUCAUCGCGAGGAUAGCAACAAUGACGACUUUGAUGUUGUGGAUUGGGAAUGCAAUAACGUGGACAUGCUGCUAAAGAAUCCGAGGUUCUUCAUACGAUUCGUGCUGUACAAGGUCAUAGGCUUGGAUGAGCAGGAGCGUACCAGCCAGGAUUUUCGAAAGCGAGUUUCACGCUCCAGAGGACGUGGCCAGAACAAGAAGAAAUCGAGAUCCGUGUCGAGAUCGGCAUGCACUGCUGACCAUUUGACGGUACCCAGUGGUCUAUCGACAUGCGAGCCCAGUUUGAGCAAACUUCACCCCAAGGACCCGGCCACCGAGGAGUGCGAGGUAAUGGUGAAGAUAGCCGAUUUGGGCAAUGGCUGUUGGUUCAAUUACCACUUCACGGAGGACAUCCAGACCCGUGAGUACCGUGCAUUGGAGGUGAUCCUCGGUGCGGGAUAUACAGAGACAGCGGACAUCUGGAGCGUGGCCUGUUUGCUAUGGGAGCUGUGCACUGGGACGUAUCUAUUCGAUACUCAUUCGAAGCGGGGCAAGUACAAUUUGGAUGAGGCGCACAUAGCCAAAAUAAUCGAGACAUGUGGCGUCAUUCCCAGGGAUCUGAUCAAGAGAGGCAUAUACUCGUCGAAUUUCUUCAAGAGCAACGGCCAACUUUGGCAUAUCUCAUCCUUGAAGAGGCGUAAACUGGCCAGUGUCCUGGUCAAGGAGCACGGAUGGACGCGUCGCAAUGCCAAGGCAUUCGUGGCCUUUCUAAUGCCCAUGCUGAACACCAAUCCUGAGGAACGCAACUCUGCUCGCAACGCCUUGGAGCACCAGUUCUUCUACAACAAAUUGGGCCCUAAAAAAAUCAUUCUCACAAAAUAUGACCCUGACAGUAACUUUGCAUGCAAAUGUAAAGUUAACAGUGACAUGGACGGGGGCAAUGGUGAAAAGGAUAGCAACAUAAACAAGGAUAACAGUGAGAAGGAAAGCAACAGGGAGAAGGAAAGCAACAGGGACGAGGACAGCAACAGCGACAGGGAAAACAACAGCGACAAGGAUAGCAACAGCAACAGCGACCAAAAGGACAGCGACAGCACCAGCGACAGCGACGAGGACAGCACCAGCGAAAACGACAACAACAGCGGCAGCAGCACCCUCAGCAGCAAUUAUAAUGACGACUGCGAAUGCCACAUAAACUGCGAGUGCACCAGCCCCAGCUCCUUGGACAGCAACUCCUUUUGCAAAAGAAGGAUGAUUCGACCCCUGAACGAAGGAAUGGGUCAGGACCAGGACCAGGGCAUAAAACGCAACGAAGCCUGCGGGAAGUAACAACGAAUCUGAUCAAAAGGAAUGGAAAAUACGAUAUGAAAACCAAACCACACACAACACAAUUCAAGUUACAAUAAAGUGCGCCUGAAGCUAUCUA